AUGUAUUCGGACAACGCGAACAGAGACGGCUUUGUGGUGAAACCGGCAGCAGUCUACACGUCCGACAAGAAGCAGCGGAUAUACGCGGGGCCCGAGACGGGAGAUGGAUGGAUUAAGAUGCAAGAAGAAUGCCCGAGGGGUGGUGUAAUUGCAGCGUGCAUCCUGUACAGCGAUGGGACAAACUUGAGCAACGAUGGGCGUGUUACGGGACAUCCGGUAGCCUUGUGGGGCUUCAGAGGCGGACGUACCCCUGUCGGCAAUCCAUACCGAGCCUUACUUGUCGAGGUGAUGCACGCGAUGGACCUUGGUGUCUUCUUGCACAUCGUUUCCUGCAUUCGAGCGUAUUACGCACGAGAUCGCGACUUUCUGCGUUCCCUCGACACCGAGUUGCAGCGCAUUGCGACCGACACCCGAAUCUCGGGUUUCCGUAUCCCAUCUUCCGAGAAGGGUGGUUACUUUGCGGGUGCUGCACGGUUUCAGGCGUUUGAGCAUCGCGCAGUGAUGCAAGUGAUCACGAUCGUGCUUGCAAAUUGCAGCGUGCCAAACUCGGUGGUUGGUGCGGUGGCAGCAUUCGUGGAUUGCUACAUGCUCGCAGCCCGGCGUAGGUUGAUUCUGCUCUUGAAGGAAGUCUUUGCAGGCCUUCAGAAGUCUGAGUUCGACAUCACCAAACUGCAUUCAUUGGCACACGUGGUGGAGGACAUCAUUCGAUCGGGGGUGCCGAUGCAUUACAGCGCCAACAUGUACGAGUAUCUCCAUCAACCUCUCGUGAAGCGAGCGUACCGUGCAAGCAACAAGAGGGAUCCUAUCCCUCAAAUUGUGAAGCACGAUGCUAUGGAGAGCGGUAGCAACACGCUUGCAGCCACCAGCUUCAGUGUUAGCUGGAAAGAAAGCAUUGAGGAUGGGUGUGACAAGUGGAAAGCACAUGCGCUGGCCGCGCCGGGUGACAUGACCAAGCUCGCGGGGCUGUUGGAAGGCAAGACCGAGGAAGGCGAGGUACUAAAUGGUACCAUACGUGUGAAGAACGGCAUGGCUAUUCCAGGCGACGAGGAUUUCACCAAGUACUCCAGUCAGACACAUUAUGUGCGAGCGUGCACGUCUUUUGGCGACAAACCAUGGUUCAACGAUGUAGCAGUGCUUGGUGAAGAGGAGGUUGAGGCUGCAGGAGGCCAAACGACAAGGCGGAAGGUGAUAUGGUAUGCAAGACUCCUGCUGUUGUUUACCAUCGACGUGUACACGCCAGAGACUAAGGCGUUUUUCAAGCGCGCGUACGCAUUUGUCCGCUAUUUCAGAGCCACUGGUGCGGUGCACGCAUCGAAAUGGCCGGUGUAUGCUUGGGAGGCAGGUGACAACGAGUACCAAUUGCUUGAGCUUGAUAACAUUCUGCGCGUAGCUCAUAUGGUUUCGGUCAGUGAGGGGCUCUUUGUUAUGAACAAGUUCAAACUUUAUUAA